CAAUCCCCGACCACCAUUUGCCGGCGCCUGUCAGCGUUCUUCGUUCUUCAUCAGACUCAGAGCCAGGUUGGCGAGGACGCAAGGUCACGGUUGCCAGAGCCUCGCGCGCGCCUGUUCCUUCCCCUGAACCUUUGGGCGUGUUUUAAUUUCGAUCAUCCCAAUCGAGUAGUUGCAGCUGUGGCUGUUGGGCCAAUUAAAUGUAGCGCCAACAAUACGGCUUCCAUUGGCUCAGGCUGGCGCUCCUGAGCCUAGCCAGCUUGGCCCGUCUGCGCUGUAGAGGCACCGACCAGAGGGUCACAUCGCGAAUCUCGGAUUGAUGUUUUGGCAACCUUAUCUGAUGUUUCAGACGGAAUUGUGUCUUUUGGCUUUUCAUCCGAGGACCCUAAAGGGACGCAGCAACCACUCAUUCUUCUGCAGUAGCAGAGCCACGGUCAUCUCUCUCCUGCUGAGUGUGGUACAGCUAGAGAAGCUGUCGAGACUCGGAGUUGAGCACGCGAGUUGCAAGAGCGCGGAAUAUGUGGAACGGAUGCCAGUGUCUCAGAUGCAUUCCUCCUUCCCCGCCAAAUUCUUACCUUGUGGAUACGCCGAUACGGGCUCGUUCCACUCCAGUGCUGCACCCAUCCAACCACAAAAGGCGGAGCAAAGCCCGAACACGCGCGGCACUCGCUGCAAGUCAAGUCGGAAACGUACGUUUGCCGGCCUCUGGAAGAAACAUGAUCACCGGCAAGGGCAAAAAGGCGUCUUGCCAAACGAGGCAAAAGAUUUGACAAGAGUGAGAUUCGAACUCACGCCAGAUUACUCUGACCAGGAGGGAUUCAAUUCAGGUGUUCCUGAACCUGGCGCCUUGGACCGCUCGGCCAUCUUGCCGUUGAUUGGUGAUGCUGUUGUGGGAUUAAAGAACAUACAAGCAAACAUCUCAGCGGAGUCAGCAACCAAACCUCCCUGCUCGAACAGCCUCUCCUAAGUUCAUAGGUAAACCCGACUCCUACCCUCGACCAGCUGAAAGAUAGUAUGCACUACGCCGCAAGUCCGCAAGACGAAUCAAGCACCAACAUUUCUACAUAUUGGAUUCUCGGACUGUCCUUCCAAGUGAAAGGGGUCCCAGGG